UUGCUUUUUUUCCUCAACACUUGCUUACCUCCUAUCUGCGGGUGAUUUGACUCCAAUUUCCGGGUGAAGAUACCAUACAUGACUACAGACAUUGAUAUGAACGGGAGCGGGCCUACGCGGCCUGACCUUAGCAGCCCCCCUUCAGCAGGGGAGGAUGCAGGCGAUAAAUCUCUCUCAUCCGGAGAUCCUAAAUGGAGAAUCCAGUCUGUCAGGUGGGACGACGCACUUGUCAACCGCUUGCUUUCCUCUAUCCGUGCCAACCCUGAUUGGGCAUCUUCCAUCGCUCGCGGCGCACUGACAUCUAUCGACCCAUCUGGAACAGCACGCGGGAAAGCACCACUGUCUAAAACUGAUGCUAUACGCGAAGUGACACGGGCGCUGUUUGAAGGUGACCCAGAGUACGACAUGGACGAUGUUGCGGUGCAGAAGAGCCUCUUGGUCUCAGUCCGAAAUAAACUGUAUAAAUUGCAGCCGUUGGACGAGUACCUCGCUGCUCCAGACGGAAAAUACUCCUCUGUUGCGGGAGCCGCACGUAAAGAACACGUAGAAUCUGUUGAUCAAGACACCGGGCCCGUAGGUGCAGUUCGCCGUUCCCUCCGCGUGCCCCUCUCCAAGAAAUACGCCGAAGAAGUUCCCGAAUCAGAUGCCUCCUCUUCCCGCGCCUCACCCCGUCCUGCACGCACAGGCCGAGGUCAGGCCCUAGCAGCGAAAGGCGGUGUACCACGGCAUGCGCCUGCUGAAGCUACCGUUCGUCGGCCUUGGCGUCCUCCUCUGCCCUUGCGACCACAGUUCGUUGCCUCCUACCAGCCUCUAGCACCCGUCCGCACUGUAGCAGAUAUCCGCCGAACUUACUUUAUCAACGAGAAGGCCUACCUGUCCGCCUCACUCGACCGACUAACUCGAGAAGCGGAAGAACGCUCGAGAUUAGAUGACGAGCAUCUCCGACUUCUCCGGCUGGAAAUCGAGGCUCGCGAACGGGAAAAGGACGAGAAUAGCAAGCGGUAUGAAAGCAAGGCUGCCCGACUUCGGGAAAAGAUCAGCAAUGCCGAAGAGGAGAUAAAGUCUAACACAACUGAGGCCAGCACGGCCUCGGCGAGCACUGCCCAGACGACGAGUAGCACACCAUUGAUCAGUACAUCACCCUCUGUUCUGGCGCCGCCGACACAGAAUGGUAUUCCGCGGCCUUUGUCUACUCCUGCCUAAUCCAUUCGUACUCUUGUAGUUAACGUUGUAUGUAUAGCGCUGUAUAAAUAAACUGUCUUGUCUCGGCUCUUAUUAUCAUCAUCAUGUUUC